CAAUCACCGACAGCGCCUUUAGCUUUGCUCCUUUGUGUCCAUCGGUCGCUUUUUCUAGCGAUGCGGAGCAAUGAGAACCGGCGGAAACCAAGGCUGCGCGCCUUUUACUGAUAAGCUGCAAUGUCUCGUUCGUCGUCGGGCUCCUGGUCUGAGGCGGCGCCUCUCGGGGACAUCAUCGACCUGGACCGUUUCAUGCGCACCGCCAAACCUUCGCAGAACCGAGACGCUCACAGAGGUUUAGUAGUUGAUGCGGGUGAACGGUCCCGAAAACUCGCCAGUAGCAGUUCCACCACCGAAGAACGCACACGCACUCAACGCGACAAACGCUUCUCACACGACUCCGGGCUGUCUGACGGCAGCUACGCACCAAGGCGGCAUCGACAACACAGACGAGUCAGCGCAGAGAAUGCUGGAAAGCAGAGAAACGACGUCCAACCGAAAGGUUCCGCCGGGUCCUUGCGCGCAUUCCGCACAAAUUGCGAGCGAACGUUGCGCGAGCAGCAACAGCAGAUCGCUCGCGUCGCUCAGCUGUGCGAGCGACUGACUGACCGACGUCAGACUACUGACUCCAGCGACAUGUCAUCAACUAGCCAGAGCACUCGAGACCCGAGGAGGAAAGACAAGCAUAGAACGGACGAGUGCAAAACCUACAAAAUAAUCAUGAACAAACUGGACGAGUUGAACCGUCUUUUCGCGGCGCGGGCGCGUUCACCUCCGCCCCAACAGCGGCGGUUGAGGCGUCCCGAUCCGGAAACGCCGCCGUCCGACUCCGUGUCCGUGUCUGACAAACUGGUCGCCACUGAACCGAUGCCGUCGUGUAGUCCGAGGAAUACACACACGUCUACGGUGGCUUGUGAUCGUGCCCGCCGCUUGUCCGCACUACGAGCUGUGGCUGCAGGGCCCGCUCUUGAUAUAGCACCAGCCGGCAAGUCACGCGCAGAAUGUCCCAAUGUUCACACUGAAAGUGUAGUGAAGCGCGAAUCCAGCGAUGCAUCAAGCUCCAGCUGCUGUGACCCCCAUCACGGGUUCGAUCUGGACAAUCCUGUGCAUUUGUACGCCCAAGCGAAACGUCUGCAAGCUCUGCACGCGACAACGACGCAUCGACGCACGCGCAGCGUAGAGAGCCCCCGUGGAUCUACAUUGUGCGCCUUGUGCCGUGGCUACUUCCGAUCGCUGCGUCAAUACCUCACCGCGCAACUGCUAUGCUGUCCGGCCGAAUCUUGCGUGUACUAGAGUCUGUGCGGAAAGAGAAUG